GCAGGAACGAGCCAGACGGGAAUGGAAUCUCCAACGCAGGUGGCUGCAGUUCGCCUACGCCCCACCGCACGGAGGACAGCACGGAAUUGAUUGCGCAGACAGAUACGCCGCAGAACGGAACAGUGGAUGCUGGCAGUGACUUCGUGCCUGAUCGCCGUGUGAAAAUCAUUCAUCCUUUCUCGACGAAGAACUCCUGUCUGGCAAACUGGAAGGAGCGGGUCAGUCUGGACUACGGAUUUCAAAUGCUGUUGCGCUGGGUGGGAGUGUCGUCGCGAUCAGCUUGUCAUGCACGACCGCAAACUACAAGCAACAUCGUCUACCGCUGGCGCCGAUGGCAAGAAGGCGAUCCAGUGCCGUUUUCGUAUUGGGAGAACGAGUAUUACUCGUGUUUCUAGCGGAGCUGCGAACAGCGAGCAGAAUGUACUGGGAAGAAGUCGACGCCUGACUCAGGACCAACUGUCCUCGUUUUGCUGGGAGAACGAACGUGCAGCUUAAUGCGAGUCGCAG